UGACUGCACGGCGUAAAUUCCCUCCUGGUUCUGCAAACAGAUGAGUACUGAAAGCAGAGUCAGUCGUUCGGUGUUAGAAUCAGUUUAUUCACUCUGAGAGCAGAACGCACAACAAUGCCUCGUCCUCCUGUUCUCUGCCUGACCGCGUUCUUCUGGGUUCUGUCUGCAACUGGUAAGAGUAAGAUUUACUUGGACAGUUAUUACUUCUUCUUUUCAUUUGAGUGCCGGACCCUCGGCUCGCCCCAAGACGUUGAGUUUGCUGUAUCCUUCGUGUACAACAAGGAAAAGGUCCUGAUGUACAACAGCACUGAGAAUAAAGUUGUUUUUUACAGUGAACAUGGAGCAAAAUGGGCAAAAGAGCUCAAAAACAAAACGCACUUGAUCCGCAUGGAGGUCGAAAAGGCUCUCUCAAAGUGUAGAAUGUUCAGGCGGAAGAUGUCUGUAGUGGACAAAGCAGUGAGGCCAAGGGUCAUGCUGAGGUCACUGAGGCCAGCCAGCGGAGACCAGCCGGCCGUGCUGAUGUGCAGCGCGUAUGACUUUUACCCCAAACCCAUCACACUGACCUGGCUGAGGGACGGUGAGAAAGUGACCACUGACGUGGUCUCCACAGAGGAGCUGACCGAUGGAGACUGGCAUUACCAAAUCCACUCCCAGCUGGAGUUCACUCCAGAACCUGCAGAGAACAUCUCCUGCAUGGUGGAACAUCUCAGCUUCAGGGAACCCGCCCUGUUCCACUGGAGCCACAGUGACAAGCCGUCUCUCUCUGAGUCUGACAGAGACAGAAUAGCAGUGGGAACUGCAGCUCUGUUACUGGGAGGAGUCACAGCCCUGACAGGCCUCGUCUACUAUAAGAGAAAACUGACAGGAUGGACAUCAGUGCAGGUUUUGGAACUUGGAAGCAGAACACAGUGACCUCCACAACAUAUGAAGGACAAACAAACAAACAAACAAACAAACAAACAAACGCACGGACUGACCCUGUCACUGUUUAUGAGAAGUAGUAAUGAAUCUCACUACAGAUCAGAGUAUUU